AGGAUCAAAUAUCCUUUCUGCUCUGCAGGAUUUGUUCUGGCUCUCCAAAUCCAAAGUAGAGAAACAACUCCAGAUCAUCUCUGUGCUGCAAUGGGUUCUCACUUUCCUUGUCAUGGGUAUUGCUUGCACUUUAAUCCUCAUGUACAUCCUGUGUACAGAUUGCUGGGCAAUUGCUGCUCUCUAUUUAGCCUGGCUGGUAUUUGACUGGAAUACACCAAAGAAAGGGGGAAGAAGGUCCAAAUGGGUGAGAAACUGGGCUAUAUGGAGGUACUUCAGGGAUUAUUUUCCGAUAAGACUGGUUAAAACCCACAACCUGCUGACCACCAGGAAUUACAUUUUUGGGUACCAUCCACAUGGCAUCAUGGGCUUGGGUGCCUUUUGUAACUUCAGCACAGAGGCCACAGGUGUCAGCCAGAAAUUCCCUGGGAUCAGACCAUACCUUGCUACCCUAGCUGGGAACUUCAGGAUGCCCAUCUUGAGGGACUACUUAAUGUCUGGUGGUAUAUGUCCUGUCAACCGUGACAGCAUAGACUACAUCUUGUCCAAGAAUGGCAGCGGCAAUGCCAUCAUCAUCGUGGUGGGAGGGGCAGCAGAGUCCCUGAACAGCACCCCAGGGAAGAGCGCUGUGACACUGAAAAACAGGAAGGGAUUUGUCAAACUGGCACUGAGGCAUGGAGCGGACUUGGUUCCUGUCUACUCCUUUGGAGAGAAUGAAGUGUAUAAGCAGGUGAUUUUUGAGGAAGGUUCCUGGGGAAGAUGGGUUCAGAAGAAGUUUCAGAAGCACAUUGGCUUUGCUCCAUGCAUCUUUCAUGGCCGUGGUUUCUUCUCCUCUAACACCUGGGGAUUGGUACCUUACUCCAAGCCCAUCACUACUGUUGUUGGAGAGCCCAUCACCAUCCCCAAAAUUGAGAACCCAUCUCAGGAGGAAGUGGACUUCUACCAUAGCUUAUAUGUGGACUCCCUGAUCAAACUGUUUGACAAAUAUAAGAGCAAAUUUGGCCUGCCAGAGACUGAGGUCUUGGAAGUCAACUGAAGGCUCAGCAGCACCUCCUCUCAGAACCAACACAUCUUCUCCAGGAGUCCAAGCUGUCAUCAUGUACUUGAAAGCAUGUGUGGAUGUAUGUGUCUUUCAAAGGAAGUAUUGCUAGACCACUUUAAUAAAGAAAGGCUUUACUUUAGAUAAAUCCUAUUACAAACAAUUUUUUAUA